UGCAACAUCUACCAAAUACGGUGGCUCUAUUGUAUCUGUGUGUACCGGGUUUACAAAUCGAAAUGCCCGAAUGCAUCAAACAAAUAAGUGUAAAGCUUGCAUCCUUUCGGCACUACUUAAAAAUGAGUGAACGAUUAGUUGAGUGGCAAUGUACAGCGUAUGGGGAGAAGAGUAACGCCUCACUGAGAUUGUAUGCGUGUGCGGUGUGCAUACUGGCUCGGGACUGCUGACCCACAUUGACGGAAAUAUAUUUACAUAUAUACAUAUAUAUGUACAUACAUACGUGUACAAUGAGGUUCUCGUACGUGCUCGAGUUAAAGAACGAAAAUACAGCUAUAUAUUCAACUUAAGUGUGUGUUGAGACUGCAUUGGUUUAAAAAAUGUCAUAAGUUAAAAAUGAAAAAAAGUUAAAAACUAAAUAUUCAAAAAUUCUAUGGAAUGAUAGUGAUAAAUGUUUGUUCCGCUGACUAAAAUGUUAUUAAUAAUUGUAACGUACGAUGGCCGUAAAAUGCAUAGGAGUUAUGGCAAGUGACGUAUGCUACAAUUUGUGGCCACACAAAGUAUAUAGGAAUACCAAAUUUUGCAAUUAAAUGCAAAUGCAAUGGAAUCUAAACUAAUUUGGAUAAUAGCAAUAUUUUAUUCAACUCUUCAGCAUAUCGGUUCCGCCUCAUCGCCACUGAAACGUCCAAGAGCAGGAGAUCCUUUCGAUACAUUUCCAAAAAAUUUUUGGCAAGAAUUUUCAUCCCCUUUUACGGACACACCAGAGGAUGAAGAAUCGGAAAUAACAGAGACUACAACUCAUGAACCUUUUCCUUUUUUUGCUGAUCCUUACACAACAGUAAACGUCAGCACGCAAUUGAGCUCGAAUGUACAUUUGCAUUGCAGAGUUAACGACUUGCAAGGAAAAACGGUAUCAUGGAUGCGCCGCAAAGGUGAUGACUUGGCCCUGAUAACAUUCGGCCGCCACACAUACAGUAGCGAUUCAAGAUAUUCCUUGGAGUUUGAUGAGCCAAACGACUGGAAACUUUCGAUACAAUACGCGAAUGAACAUGACGAAGGCCCAUACGAAUGUCAAGUCUCUUCACAUCCGCCUUUAGUAUUGUUAGUGUAUUUAACUGUAAUUGUUCCUCAUGUGGAAAUCCUCGACGAAAGAGAUUCGGCCACACCUGAAAAAUACUACAAAGCUGGAAGCACCAUCGAGCUAAAAUGUGUAAUUUCAAAAAUACCGCAGCCAUCAUCUUACAUCACGUGGCGUCACGGUACACGAAUGCUAAAUUAUGACACUAGUCGAGGGGGCAUCAGUGUUAAGACUGACAUGCUGCCAGGAAGAGCUUUAAGCCGUCUCUACAUAGCCAAUGCCAACCGGCACGACACUGGCAACUAUACUUGCAUGCUUGGCAACGAUAUUUCGGGCACCGUCAUGGUACACGUCCUAAAUGGCGAAGAACCAGCCGCCAUGCAGCACGCAUCCGCAGCUAGACUCGGCUCUCCUAUAUCGAUUGUUGUAGCAACUUUACUUGCAACAAAAAUAUGUUUACGAUGACAACGCUAGCAUCUAAUGUUCUGAACUAACACCAACACCACUUGUCCAAAACUGCAUUUUCCAUGUCUACUCGUACAUAAUAAUGGGUUGUUUUAGUAUAACAAUAAGAAUAGAUACAUACAUAUGUAUAUGUAUAAAUUACUAAGAUUGAAAAAUUAAAAUUAUGAACCUUAAACUUCUAGCGAAAUAUUAGCAUAAAUUCAUAUGUGUGAAUGUACUUACAGCAUUCAAAAGUAAUAAGUAUGUUUGUUGAUAUAUUAACUUUUGUGGUAAAGAAACAGGAUCAUUUGGUUUUUAUACAAAUGAAGCGUAAUCGCGUACGACAGUUAAAAUCUCCAUAGGAAUCACUAAGCUGAUUCACACGUUUGCGGUCCUUAUCGCCUAUUUCUAAAUAG